GGCGGACCUUACCAAUGGUCCGUCCCGCUGUCUGGGGUCUGGGAUGCUGAGACCCCUUGGCCGCGAUAAGGCUUAGCGGCGAUUAGGCUACCAACCACUGGUCCUGACCUGCCCACCAGCCUGGUUAGGACGACCUUCCCGAACUGCUGAACUAAUAACAACAUAAUUGCAAUCAGAUUUAAUUGGGAUCAUUGACAGCUGGCACAGAAUUGUAGCAUUAAUGCAUUUCUUGGCAAGCCUCGUGACGCGCACAAGUUCAACCUCAAUCGUACUCAGAAGUAACACCAACAGGCUUCUCCAGCGUGUCUCGCCUUUGUUUGGAGUUUCCAUAAGACGGCAUCAUAUCGACUGUGACGGAGGUAUCAGAUUUAACAGUGAUAUCCACAGAUCUGCUGCAAGGUUAAAAAACAUGUCGAGAUGGCAAGAUUCUGUCACGCUCGAGGUCCAAGGCCCUCACAAGGAAGACGACGAUGGCCACAAGGAGGCGCUACUCAGUCAACUGCAAAAUGCACGAAAGGAUAUCCAAUCUCUAAAAAUCGACGAUGAUACGCCUUCUGACACAGAAUGGAGACUUAUAAGCGACCAUUUCAGUGACGUCCAGAAUCUAGAAAUGGAAGCUGACUUCAAUGAAGAGUUGAAUGACGGGCCCAUCCCAACAAAUUGGCCGCUUGAACGCUUAUUAGUCAGCUCUUCAUGCGGCGAGAGGUUUCGCAGCCCCGUCAUACUAGAAGGACGAGUUAAGCACCUCAUCCUUCUCCUCACUUCAGGAUUGCGUUUCGAAGGGCCGACAUCGAAUGAACUUUCAAGCGCAAACAAGGAAGCUAUUGAGCGAGGCGAGGCGGAGGCGAAUUACAUUACAGUGCGUGAGGGCACGCCAGAAGAACACAAAGUCGAAAUUGUGUCGUUGCCUAGUCUUGCUUUCGACUGGCUAAAAGACAAAUACACCAACCCCGGCCGUUCGUCUGAUCCGGAAACUCCAGUUCCAGAGCUCGUCUACAUGGAGAUCCUGGAGAUUCUCGAGAACGACGCCCUUGACACCUUCACGCGCAUGACCCUUGCCCUACCGUACAUUGUGGGGAACUUGAAGACGCUGAAUCUUCGCUCGUCGAACGGACACGACUUCCAGCUCACCCCGAAGGAGAUGUUCCACGAGAUUCUGCCCCAGCUUACCGAGCUCAAAACAUUUGUGUUCACCGUGGGCGACAUAUUCGAUGAGGCCGAUUUCCUCCCUCUGUUUUAUAAGCAGUUCCCCCCAACAUUUCCACGCUUCGCUUCCGCGGUUCAGUCUCCCUCGCCAAAUCAGAGCAUUGGAACAAAUGGCUCGAGGCUUUCGCAAACCCGGAGUACCUCCCCAACCUCACAAGGCUGAGCUUCGUGCUCGAUCUUGCAUAUGAUGAUAAGGAGGAAGGCGGGGGGGAAGGCGGGAGGAAGAGGCGACCAACGGAGGAGGAGCUGAAGGAGAGUAAAAAGGCUUGUAGGGAGUUGUUUGAGAGAAUGGAGAGCCGGGAGAUAGCUAUUGAGGCUUUCCACGAUGAAUGGGCCGAGGAAUCUGUAUCCUUUGAUAAAGUGGAUGAGCGCUGGGAGGAAAUUGAGUAAUGGGCGGUGAGGUCGUGGUUGUAGUUGUAGUUGAACAGCGCAGGU